UUUUUCCCCUUCCCCCCACCCGCGGCCCCGGAAGCCGGAGCCCGUGAGGACGCCAUGGAGAAGUACGAGCGGAUACGGGUGGUGGGGAGAGGCGCCUUCGGGAUCGUGCACCUUUGCCUGCGGAAGGCCGACCAGAAGCUGGUGAUCAUCAAGCAGAUCCCCGUGGAGCAGAUGACCAAGGAUGAGCGGCUGGCGGCCCAGAACGAGUGCCAAGUGCUCAAGCUGCUGAACCACCCCAACGUGAUCGAGUACUACGAGAACUUCCUGGAGGACAAGGCCCUCAUGAUCGCCAUGGAGUACGCGCCAGGCGGCACGCUGGCCGAGUACAUCCAGAAGCGCUGCAACUCCCUGCUGGAUGAGGAGACCAUCCUGCACUUCUUCGUGCAGAUCCUGCUGGCCCUGCACCACGUGCACAGCCACCUCAUCCUGCACCGAGACCUCAAGACCCAGAACAUCCUGCUGGACAAACAGCGCAUGAUCGUCAAGAUUGGCGACUUCGGCAUCUCCAAGAUUCUGAGCAGCAAAAGCAAGGCCUACACGGUGGUGGGGACCCCGUGUUACAUCUCCCCCGAGCUGUGCGAGGGCAAACCCUACAACCAGAAGAGUGACAUCUGGGCCCUGGGCUGCGUCCUCUACGAGCUGGCCAGCCUCAAGAGGGCCUUCGAGGCGGCGAACCUCCCAGCCCUGGUCCUGAAGAUCAUGAGCGGCACGUUCGCGCCCAUCUCAGAUCGCUACAGCACGGAGCUCCGACAGCUGGUGCUGAGUCUGCUGAGCCUGGAUCCCGCCCGGCGGCCCCCGCUGAGCCACAUCAUGGCCCAGCCCCUGUGCAUCCGGGCGCUGCUCAAUCUCUACACCGAUGUGGGCAGCGUCAGGAUGAAGAGGGUGGAGAAGCCCCUGGGCGGGGUGCCCCCUAUGCCAUGCGGCCGAGCAGGCAGUAGGCCCGGCGGAGCCCGAUCCCGAGGUGAGGCCUUGAACAGUAACACCACAGUCCGGUGGAGCCGGCCAGGUGUGCCCCAGGGGCCGCCCCGGCCAGCCAUCCCCCCUCCCCUGUCCUCUGUCUACACCUGGGGCGGCGGGCUCAGCGUGCCCACGAGGCUGCCCAUGCUCAACACGGAAGUGGUCCAGGUCUCGGCCGGGCGCACCCAGAAGGCCGGAGUCACCCGGUCGGGCCGCCUCAUCCUGUGGGAGGCGCCCCCCAUGGGCGUGGGGGGAGGCGUCCUGCUGCCCGGAGCUUUGGAGCAGCCGCAGCCCCAGUUCAUCUCGCGGUUCCUGGAGGGCCAGUCGGGUGUGACCAUCAAGCACGUGGCCUGCGGGGACCUCUUUACCGCCUGCCUCACGGACCGAGGCAUCAUCAUGACUUUCGGCAGUGGCAGUAAUGGCUGCCUGGGCCAUGGCGGCUUCACCGACCUCAGCCAGGUGGGUGCGCUCUUUGGGGGAGGCCCCGUUGGAAGGUGCCUCCUGGGCGGUCAGAGGGGAAUCCCGGAUCCUGGCAGGUGGCAAGAUGGGGAUUUAAAGAGACGCCACCCUGAGGGGAUUUCUAGCCUGGGGUGGGGACCGAGUGAUACAAGGGGGGCUUUUGGGGGGAGCCUCCCUGGGCCUCCAGCUCUGGGGGAAGGCCAAGGAAAGGCAGUCGGCUCGGGGUCCCAUUUCCCCUCUCCUUUCCCCUUUCAGCCUACAAUUGUGGAGGCCCUGCUGGGCUACGAGAUGGUGCAGGUGGCCUGUGGGGCCUCCCACGUCCUGGCCCUCUCCACAGAGCGAGAGCUGUUUGCCUGGGGCCGUGGGGACGGUGGCCGCCUGGGGCUGGGCACCAGGGAGUCCCACAGCUCCCCUCAGCAGGUGCCCGUGCCCCCGGAACAGGAAGCCCAGUGGGUUGUGUGUGGCAUUGACUCCUCUAUGAUCCUCACGGUGCCUGGCCGGGCCCUGGCCUGCGGGAGCAACAGGUUUAACAAGCUGGGGUUGGACCGAGUGUCCCCUGGAGAGGAGCCCGCCCCGCCUGAGCAGGUGGAAGAAGCCCUGAGCUUUAUGCCCCUUGGCUCUGUCCCCCUGGACUCAGAGCCGCUGGUCAGUGUCGACGUGGGCACUGCCCACUCCGCUGCCGUAACAGCCUCCGGAGAAUGCUACACAUUUGGCAGCAACCAGCACGGGCAGCUGGGCACCAGUGCCCAACGGGGCAGCCGAGCCCCGUGCUUGGUGGCAGGGCUCCAGGGCAUCAAGGUGGUGAUGGUGGCUUGUGGGGACGCCUUCACUGUGGCCAUUGGUGCAGAAGGAGACGUGUACACCUGGGGCAAAGGUGCCCGCGGCCGCCUGGGCCGGAAGGAUGAAGAUGCUGGGCUCCCCCGGCCUGUGCAGUUGGAUGAGGCUCAUCCCUACACAGUGACCUCCGUGGCCUGUUGCCAUGGGAACACCCUGCUGGCCAUCCGCCCUGCCACAGAGGAAUCCAUCCCGCCUUGAGGAUCUCAGGCCACAAGAGAGAACAGAUACCUCCCCCUCUCCCUCCUCGCCACCCCCAGCUGGUACUGGGUAGCGCCAGCUGGCUGCCUUCCACGUGGGCAGUGCCCCCGGGCCUUGGGGCAUUGCCUCUAAGCUGCCAAAGGCCAAAAGCAUCUGGACCCCGUAUUCUAGGGCUCCCCUCUAGUCCCGCGCAGGGCACAAGCCUUCCCCAGGAUUGGACACGCCAGUCUUGCUCCCCCAGCUCCUUCUUCAGCCCCUGCUCUGCCAUGCUAGGCCUGCCACCGCCCUACCUGGGGGCCUUCCGGCCUGCUUUGGAUUCCUGAAAGCGGUGAACAACCUGCAGGCAGGGAUGGGGCAGCUACCAUGCCAGGCCUCCAGGAGACGGGCAUGGAGUGUUUCCCCAAGACACGUCCACAGGCCAGGACGGGAGGCAAUUCCUGGCUUUGGACCGUGUGGAGCCUGGAUGCCAGGGACGCAGGGCGCAGGGCUCCCGGGUCCAAGACUGAAGAGGCAAGUUUAGGCCUGUCCCUCCACCUGCCUGGGGGAGGGAGACCAUCAGGAAGGGCAGCUGCCACCCCCACACCUGGCAGCCCCAGUGGGUAUCGGAGAUUCCUGGGGGGCACCCGCAAAGGCAGGGCAAAGCUGGACGCGGCACAGAAGCCUCUGGCAAGCUUUGCCCCUUUUGGGGGUCUCCAGGCCUUCCUGACAGGCCUCUCCCCAGGCUUGUGCUGGAAGGGGCAUCUGCGCGUGCCCCCACAGUGGCUCGAAUAAAGGGGGCCAAAGACCA